AUGGCCACAGAGGAGCUCGUUGCGCGCCUGGGGCGGCUGAGAGCGACCCAGGCAGAGCAGUACGACACGUACGACCUCUGCGUCAGAGGCGAUGAUCCUUCCGGUGGUUCCGAGCUGCAGGAGCUGGCCUCACGCAUCCCAGCGGGCGCUGUGCAAGUAGCAACUCUGCAGGCGAGCGGCGACCCGACCGGCCCGAGACCAUGCGAGGGCGACCUCGUUGUUCUGCGCUGGGCAAUCCUGCCCGGCGGAUCCAACGCCGACCCGAGCGCGGGCUUUGGAGACGGAGCCAGUGUCCCACCAGUGUCCUUCUGUCUGCUCGGCAAGUCUCCACGGGUGCCACCGUGCGUGGAGCUGGCCCUCAGUAGCAUGACUCCCGGACAGCGGUGUGCGAUCCGCUCGGACCCCGCGUACGCCAUAAAAGCACCGUCGUGCUCUGUCGCACCGCCAAGAAGCCUCGCGGCCUCGUCAGACGACGUCACCACCAUCCUCGUCGAGCUGCUCGCCGUCGUGCCAGGUGAUGCCGUGUCCUCGUUCGAGCUGGGGGAGCCGGAGCGCCCCGAAGACUGCGCAGGGUGGAUGCAGCCGUGGAUGGGCGUGCGGAAGGUGCUGCGCGCGGGCGGCAAGUUCGAGCGCGCGCUGGAGGGGUACAAGGCAGACGUGUCGUGGCGGUGUCGGGCGGUGGACGGCGACGACGCAACGGCGGCCGUUCUCGCGACCCUCGGAGACGAGGCGGAGUCGUCGGAGCUAGCGAUGGAGGGCGGCCACGUCGUCGUGCAGAUCGGCGGCGACGGCGGCGCUCCGGCGGCGGUGGCGGGCCUGCUCCAAAGCAUCGUGGCGGGAGACGUGGCGUUCGCGCUCGUGCCCGCGGCGGCGCUGCCUGCUGGGGACGGCGGCCCGUUCGCGGUGUCGGAGGCGGUGAGGAGCGGGAGCGCGUUCGUCGCGGCGACCUGUGGUCUGCACGCGGUGAAGCAGGUGCGAGACGUGUUCGGCGACGGGUCGAUCGUCAAGGAGAAGCUCAGGGAGGGGGAGGGGGACUUUCCCAUGGACGCGCCCGUCGAGGACUGCCCGGCGAGGAUCCGGUAUCGCGUCAUCCAGGGGGAUUUCACUGGAGAGUGGGAGGAGUGCGAGGUGAACCUGGGCGACGGCGACGUGCCCGAAGGGGUGGAGUUCGCAGCCAAGCUCAUGUGCCCGCGGGAGGUCGCACGGAGCACCUGCCGCGCCGACCGCGCGUACGCGCAAGCGCAGCACCUCACGCCCCCGGAAGGGGUCGACGCGAGCAAGGGCGUCAUCUUCGAGAUUGAGCUGUUGUCCUUCGAGCGCCCGCCCAACAUCACGGACCUCGACAGCAUGAAGGAGCAGCUCGGUCUGGCGAACGCCGCGAAGGAGUCCGCGAACCGCUGUUUCCGGCGCGGCCUCCUCCGCCAGGCCCGCCAGAAGUACAACCGCGUCCUGACCAUGCUGAAGCACACCGGGCUCUCCGACCCGCUCAUGGUGAGCGAGGAGCCCGACGGGAGCGACGACGCCGUGGCGGUGCAGGCCGGGCUGCAGCUCGCGGUCACGCUGCGCCUGAACCUCGCCGCGACGGCGCUGGCGCUGCGCGAGUACCGCGAGGCGGCCGUGUGGUGUGGGCAGGCGCUGGAGGGCGUGGACAGGGGCGGUGGCGGGGAUGCGGCGCGGUGCAAGGCGCUGCUGCGGCGCGGGAAGGCGCACACGGGGCUCGCGGAGUACGGCGACGCGGCGCGGGACCUGCAGGAGGCGCGGGUGCUGGCUGAGGCGGGCGGGGACGGGGUGCCGCCGGUGGAGGAGGUGGAGCGUGCGCUGCGGGACCUCGCGGAGGCGCAGCGGAAGGGGGCGCAGCGGGCGAAGCGGGAUUUCGGGGGCAUGUUUGACAAAGCCAGACCGGGGGCGGCCUGA